AUGGUAUCGAGUGUCACAGUCAAGCCACUGCCACCUUGCAACCAAGAAUACAGCCAAAAUAAAGAUCACCACGUUGGAAGUCCACCACAGACGUUCCAGAACCCGUGGAACUCCUUCCAGAAGCUCGGUCUCGUUAGUGCCUUCGAACAUCGUUUUGGCAAUCAUCCAGAAAAGAAAUUCGUCCCCGUGCCUCAAGGACCAAACGGAACACGAUCUACUGAGCUCGUCAACGUCCACAAACCAGACUGGGGAGCUGGUAACACAGAUCGACUGAAAGCCACCUGGAUCGGCCACGCUUCGUUUCUCACAGAAUUCCCUGCACAAGCAGGAGCCGAACGAGGAAUCAGGGUCCUGUGUGAUCCUGUCUUCAGCGAACGCACGAGCCCGGCGCAGUGGAUAGGACCGAAGCGAUAUACGCCCACGCCAUGUACGCUGGAUGAACUACCAGAUAUCGACAUCAUUGCGAUCUCACAUGAUCAUUACGACCACUUGGAUAUCGCCACCGUGCAGCACAUCUACGCUCGCCAGAAGGGAAAGGUCCAUUUCAUCGCAGGUCUCAACAAUAAACCAUGGUUUCUGCAGAACGUGGGUUGCCAAGCUAGCGAAGUGACCGAUGCAGACUGGUGGGACUCUUUCGACCUCUCCGUUGAGGGUCUCGGCAGUGUGAACAUAACGUGUUGUCCGACACAACAUGGCUCUGGUCGCGCAGUGGGGAGCUUCGGACACACGCUAUGGUGCAGUUUCGCUUUCGAAGCAAGUGGCAAACGAGUCUACUUCUCAGGCGACACCGCGUACCAAGCUAUGAACACGCCUGCACCAUGCCCAGCAUUCAAACAGAUAGGCGAGACACUAGGGCCUUUUGAUCUUGCUAUGGUGCCUAUAGGCCUCAUGACGCCACACUCAUUCAUGGGAGGUGUACAUGCUACGCCUGAGCAGUCAUUGCGAAUACACGAGGAAGUGAGAUCGAGGAUAAGUCUAGGUAUGCACUACGGUACUGUCCGUGGUGGGAUCAGUGGGCAGUAUGAAGAUGUGAGAGAUCCGCCGCGAAGGUGGCGAGUCGCGGCUGAGAAGGAAGGCGUAUGGUGUGGAGGCGGUAUUGAGGGUGACGGUAGGCCGAUCGAUACCACCAAGCAAGGUGUAGGUCUCUGUGACGUUGGCGAGACCGUAAUAGUGUAA